AUGGAGCACAGCUGCAAUGGUGUGGUGCUGAUCGGCGAGCGAAUCUUACGGUAUUGGACCGAAAGCGGACGGUCUGACAUAUUGGCGCGGUUGUUGUCUACCUUAGGCGAAUUUGCAGGUCGUGAGACGAGCUCAGACCUUCCGCGAUUGCUGUAUGAGCUCGUGUGGAUCGUUCUGCAUGCUAAACUUACAAAACAAGAGAUUGUUGGAUUAUUCAAAGAAGCCAAUCUGGCGAGAUACCCAAAGGCAUGUGACCUACUGACGGAUCUGUUAUGGGUCAUUGGUAAUGAAGUGGAGGUUAGCGAGCGUGGCCAUGGAGGCCACACAUCAAGAGAGUGGCGUCAUUUAUGUGCACUGGUAAAAGCCAUUGCAGACGAAGAGAUUGUGUCGUUACUGAAUUUAAAAAGUUUGCUUGAAUUUGAUUUGCUGCAUGACGCCGACCUGGCACCCGAGCCGCAAGUUCAAGCUAAAAGAAUGAUACGAAUAAAUACAAAGACGCUCUAUACACAGACCAAGUACAAUUUGCUGCGUGAGGAGUCAGAGGGAUUCUCGAAAGUUUUAUGCUUAUUACACACAGGAGUUACUAAAAGCCAGCUCGAGGCAACAAAAACCGAUUUGAUGGCACUAAUCGGAUAUUUUGAUCUAGACGCGAAUCGUGUUUUGGACUUAGUGUUAGAUGCAUAUGAAAUGCACCCAAGAAACGACUGCUUUGCACAGCUUCUGGAUAUUUUCAAGCGAGAAAGCUUGCCGCAUAUCAUCGGCUUUAAAUUUCAAUUUUACAAACGCGAGCUUCCUACUGAGGAACGUCUCACAACGCCCCGAUCGCUUUAUCGUCUAGCCGCAAUUCUUUUGAAUAAACGACUUCUUGACUUGGAUGAUAUCUUGCCACACUUGGCACCGUCUCGAGAGGCAAUUUUGAAAGCUUCGUUGGAACACGAGAAAGAGAUUAUCAAAAAAGCAAGAUCCUUUGGCCAGGUGAGUCUCGCUGCUAAAAAAGAUACUGUCCAGCCAGAUGGUGAUGAUGAAGUAGUAUUAGCAAUGGAGCGCAAGAAGGAAGCAGAGCAUUACCAGGUGUAUGGGGUGAUUGUCGGUCUCUUAGAGAUUGGCGCGCGGGAACGAGCUUUUGAAAUGAUUACGUGGUUUCAAAAGCGCGGUGUGAACCCGCUUACAUAUACGCCCUUAACCAGAGAGCUUUGCGCUGUUGUAAAUGUGAUGAUCGAGAACGUGUACGAUUUAUUAUCAUAUCGUACUUUGCGGCUUGUUAGUGGUAUGGACGAUGCACUUGAAGAUACCGACAUUACAGCUCAGUCAAGUUCUAUCAACGGCUACAUACGACGUGUUGCAACGCUAGAAGACUGUGUUACGGAGGUUUUUCCUAUCGUUGAAAUGAUUGGACCGCAACUUUAUUGUGACCAAUUUCUUUUCGUUAAGCUACUCAGAAUUGCUGGUAAAUUAGCUGAUGAACAGACCAAGAAAAUGACUACUUCAGAUACCACAAUUGAUAAUGAUCUUGCCGGCAAGGUUAAGUCAUUGCUGGUCAAUACUUUUCUUCCUGCGAUGUCAUUACAAGAAUGCAACCCAAGCACGUCAUUUCUCAUUUGGGAUUUGCUGAAAUGCUUACCAUGUGAAGAGCGCUACCGCAUGUAUCUGCGGUGGUUUGAAGCUUACGACAAGCAUCCACAACUGCGCUUAAAAGAGGCGGAGGUAGUGCAGAGCACUCGUGGCGUCAUGCGACGACUUACAGCUGACCGAGCAAAGCUGUCGGCUCGCAGUCUGACUCACGUAGCACACUCAAAUCCUUUGAUUGUUUUCCGCACAAUGCUACGCCAGAUCCAGUCAUAUGACAAUCUGAUUCAGCCCGUCGUAGAUUCUUUCAAGUUUGUGACGCCAUUAGGGAUGGACGUGCUUUCAUUUGUUCUAGUAAGUGAGUUAGCACGACCGCAGAAAUCAAUGAAAGCGGAUGGGACCCACGUCUCUUUGUGGCUUUCCUCGCUAGCAAACUUCUCCGGAAGCUUUUAUCGCAAGUAUCCGAACGUGGAGCUCUCAGGAUUGCUGCAAUAUCUAAUCCAGCGUCUGCUAAGCUGGGCGUCUGUAGAUCUUAUCGUGCUAAGCGAACUACUCACAAAAAUGGGAUCAUGUCUGAGCUUAGAGGAUAUCUCGGAGAGUCAAUUGGAAGCGCAAGCCGGUGGCCCACAUUUGUGGUUCGAGCCUACGGAUCCAAAAUUUCAGAACCGCCGUGCCAUCCCAAAGUUGCGCGAUGCUCUUAUCAAACGAAACAUAGCUUUGCCGCUGUGUAUUCUCAUUUGUCAAAUGCGCAGCCGUAUCGAGUAUCAUGAAAACCAAGAGUUGCCACAUUUGAAGCUGCUUGGUCGUAUAUUUGAUAUGUGUCAGCUCACUUUCAGCCAGCUUUUGCAAUUUCUUGGCGGAGUUGUUGACCCGAUAGUAUAUCGAAAAAUGCUUCCAUCAGUCACGACGCUAGUUUGCGAUUACAAUGUUCAGCCAGAGUUGGCUAUGGCUCUUUGUCGUCCAGCGAUGCGCAGCGACGAUCCAUUACUGCGAACAGCUCCGCGAAGUGUGCAUGCUACAGGUGGCUCGAGCACGACCAAUGAUAAAGCACCCAUUAAUGAAGAAAUACUUAACGGAGCAUCUUCUGACGAACAAAGAUGGUUCAUGUACAACCAAGAUUUCCUAGACGAUGUUAGACAAGCUUUAAACGUCCACAAUAAUCCUGACUACAAAUCCGGAGACCCGUUUACAGGACUAACUCCUGAAGUAUACGCGACGUUCUGGGGGCUCAAGCUCUAUGAUAUACAUGUCCCGUUUCAGCAGUAUGAAUCAGAGAUACUUCGUCUACGUAACUCAGUCACUUCGGGAGCAAAUGCAUCUCUUGGUGCCAGCGAACGAAAGAAGCUGAAAGAAAAGAUGACGCAGAUGAUCGACGUGCUCACAACGGAACAGAAAGACCAGGUGGCGCACCGAAAACGCGUGUACGAGCGACUUGAGAACAUGAAGGGCAAGUUCUUUACUGACGAGCCCAACGACCGUAAAACUGCGCUUGACGAGUUACUGCAGAAGUGUGUGAUACCUCGUUCCCUCAUGUCACCCGAGGACGCGCUUUUUGCUGCCAAGUUUAUGGAGCGCUUACACACUUUAUCCACGCCGCAGAUGAGCACACUGCAGUACAUUCACAAAGUCAAUAUAAAAGUGUCGGCGAUUGUACUUUGCGCUACCGAGCGCGAGGCAAGUAAUUUUGGUUUCUUCAUGAAAGAAACGCUGGGAUUCGUUUUGCGUUGGUAUCAAAACGGGGCGACGUAUGAUGAUGAAGCGAUCCACGGGAAGAUUGGUAUGAGCCUGGAUUUAAAUGAUGACAAUAAAUUCCUUGCCCAUCGCCAAUUUAAGACGGCCUAUGCUCACUGGCACCAGCAGCUCGAGCUUGUAUACACCACAGCUCUCUCGAGUGGCGAGUACAUGCAGAUCCGUAACUCGCUGGUAGUUCUUACAAAGCUUAUAGAUGUGUUUCCAGCGGGUCGUGGAACAGCUGAUGUGAUUCUUGGCAUUGUGGAAACUCUGACGAAUGAGGAACGAGAAGACAUCAAGAUCAUGGCGAAACGAUAUUUUGCUCUACUGACAAAGCGAAAAAUAUCACUAAUUGACGACAGAUUAUUGCGUACUCGUAUUGUUCCAUCAAAAUCAACUAUAGCUGUCGCAUCGGGCAACGAGAAAAGAAUUAUUUUGGAGUCUGUGGUUGAGAGCAAAAAGAAAGAUGAUGACGUAGGUGUUAGGAAGAGUGAUGAUAAGCGCGAGAGCUCAAUCAAAACAGCAAGCAAUUUUGUGGAAAGCCAAGAAGUGGAAAGUGGUGAGAUUGUGCUGGGAAAAAGCAAUAGUAGCAGCGAGAGUUCUGUUGCCGUGUCUUCACGGUUAAAGCAACGAGAUACGCGUGGUAACGAUCGCAGUCGUAGUAAUAUAAGCGCGCGGAUAAAUUCAACAGAUGAUGCACAUGACCGCUCCACUCGUUUAGAACGUCAAGAGCCUGAAGAUCGCCCCAAUAGACCCACAGAAUAUUCUCGUUUAAGUGAAGAAAGACGCGGUCAACAUGACCACCGCGAUUCUUUGCCUGCCAUUGGUGGUCAUAGUGGCUCUAUGGACAGUCGCACCAAUGAGUUGAACGAACGCGGCCGUUCCGCGCCCCGAGGUAUACGUGAGAACUCUACCGGAGCUCGUCGGAGUCGAUCAGGCGAACGAAUGCAUGACCCUGAGAAUACGAAUGAUAACCUUCGUACUUCGCGUGAGCGUGAGGUCGAGAUAGGACAAUUCCAUCGUACAGAAAGAGGAGACGUCGAUCGUCGAAGCCGAGACAUAACCUUACUUCAUAAUGAUCGUAAUCGCAGUCAGGAAUCUAAAACGAGAGCGCGUGACGUAAUGAGCGCACGGGAAGAGAGCGAGCCGAUUGAUUUGUAUAGAAAAUCUGAAACAUUUAAGCCAAGCCCGGUACGAAUUGAUGAAACUCAAAAUGUUGCUUUGUCACCAAAGCCAGAUCGAGAAUGUGAGCCUGGCACAAUGAACCGGGGAGUGAGGAUAGAGCGUGAGAAUGAAUAUUCUGCUCUCGAAGCUGGUCAUAGAAGUGCCAGACAGUCUGAACAAAUGGAAGCUGCUCUGCGCCGUCAGUUGACGGCGGGGAAGGAAGCAAAAGCUAAGGAGCAGCAGCAAUCCGGAGAGCGAAUGUGGCCAGUCGCACGAGAUCGCACGCGGCCUCCGCUUCCCGCAACGACGACGGCAGCCACGACUGAUAUAGUCUUGCCUUCGGAUCCGGAAACAACAAAGAAGAUCGUGUCGCUCGUGUCCUCGUCCCGCAAGCGCGAGCGCGAGCGCGAGCUUGUGGAUAAGAGCGAGAUACCCACUGCGAAUGCCCUAGACGGAAAGAGGCGUCGUGAUGGAGGAAGUAGCAAGGGCGUUGGUGGUGGAGGUGACUCAAAGUACGGACAGGAUGAAAAACGUAAGCGCAGGAACAAAGGCGGAGUAGGCGAUGGCAACAAAGGGAACCAACUCCAGCGCGACCACAUGCGUGGACGGCAACAGGACCGUAAUGGCCGCAACAAUGGCAAUAUUGACAGACGUGGUAGCCAAGACGAUCGGAUUAAUGUUGGAAACAAUGCAGGCCGUCGGCGAGAUCGCAAUGAGAACAGAGGAGGCCGCAGGUAG